GAUCUCUUGGAAUAAGCUGUUGAACUGAUCGGCAGGGUUUCUCAGUGGUUUCUAAAUAACUGCAGAAGGCGAAGUAAGUUGUAUUGUUUUCUCUCUUGCAUGAAUUAGCUUAAUGGCACUAUAGUGAUACGAACAUUUGUUGCUCGAUGCGGUUUAAUAUGUCCGUAGUAUUAAACAUUAUGAAAGCAUCUUGUUAAUGUAGUAUUAACAAUUUUAUCACCCACACUAUCGGAAUACUUAAACACAGUGAAAUUUCCUAGUUUAUAAAAUAUUCGAGAUUGAAUUUUAAUAUUUCGGUCUCUGGGGUUAAUAAGGGCCUCUGCUCGCAGGGUACGGGAUUAUGGAUGAACUUGCCGUAAAAAGAUUGCAAUUCCACAAAGUUCGGCCGUAUUCUUCCCCGACCGAAAAGAAAAAAAAACCAAACGGAAAAGAGGAUACUCUUUAGAAAGAAAUACUACAAUGCAGUAAAGUUUUAACCUUUGUGAUGAUUUCACCGGGUAAAGAAGAGCUUUUGGUGUGCCCUUGAGUGACCUUUGAUUAAAAGGGUCUUCAAACCCACUGAUUAAUUAUGUAACACAUGGUCAUACCACGCCGUCACGCUAAAACUAAUUUACUAUUCCAGUAUCUGACCUGUAGUUUGUCAUGCGCGCGGCAUGAACAGAGAGCACAAGGAUUUUCAAUUCACCUUUAGCACAGAAUUGAAUAAAUAACUUUUCGAUAUUUUGAACAAGUUUUCAACUGCGGCGAGAUAAAAACUUGGAAGCUUGGAAGUUUAAAGAAGGGAUUUAUCGACUUCAAACAAACAAGCAAAUACAGUAAUACGAUUGCGUAACAGCAGUUUACAGGGUUAUGUGCUCGCUCCUGUGCAUAUUAAUUACUUAACUAUUUGCCACAGUAUUCUAGACUAUGUGGCACUUCUUGAAGUGUCAACGCACAGUCACCGAGCGGAUGACGAAUUAACUUGUUCCAGGCUCCUAGGAAAUCGGGUCCGAGAAACUGAGAAAGUGUGAACACAAAUAUGUGGGGCUUAGUACUGUACUGCAGGGUUUGCAUAGUCUUGAAAAGUCCAUAAAUUUUCUUCAACUUUGAAUGUGAUGGCCCGAAAAGUAUUUUUAAUGCAUUUUGGUUUUCCAAGACAGAAUAUAAAUCAAAGCUCAGAGAAGUUAUUGGUGAUUUACAUAGGGCGUCUUUUGUUUUAUGCAAGAAUUAACUAUAUAAAUUUAAGACAAGUGAACUGACAAAUGUUGCUGAAGCAAACAGUCAAGCCUUAAAGUCCGUGACAUGUAAAAAACGGCUGCGAGGGAGACUAGCCACUAAGUGACUCUGUUGUUAUAUUUUAAACUGUAGCUUAUGAUUCUACUCGGCAAAAUGGUUAAUCAACCCUUGGACCCUGAUCGUUCCUUUUAAAAAAUAUUUACAGCGCAGGCAAUUUGCAACCUUUAUACCUAAAGUUCUCUUUUUUUCUAGACAGACUAAAAAGAGACACCAUGGCACCAAACAUUGCUCAUCGAAAGGCUGCAGUUGUAACGGAAUCAGGGGAAAAAUUCUCCCUGAAGGGGGCGGAAAAGAAAACUUUCAUCACCGAGCAGACGCUUAAAGAGCACAACGGCGUGAAUGGAUCUCCUUCAUGGAUAGCAAUCAAGAACAAAGUUUACGACGUAACAGGAUUUGGUCGGGAGCAUCCCGGCGGAAGUAUCAUCUUCACCCAUGCGGGGCUGGAUGCAACGGACGUGUUCAAUGCUUUCCACCCUGCUUCUGUUUACAAAUGGCUGCCUCGGUUUUAUGUUGGAGAACUGGUGAGAGAUCCCUGCUCCGAUCCCUCUGAUGCUGAAAAGGAAAUGGAAUAUAGACGAGAUAUUACAGAGAUGAAAUCAGAGCUGUUGAAAGCGCGUGCAUUUCAGUCUUCUAAGCUGUAUUACGCCUUCAAGGUAGUAUCAAAUGCUGCAAUACUUGCCGCAGCCAUUGCUGCCAUUAAAGUACUCAAUGGCAUGACCGGAGCAGUAAUAGGCGGUGUUCUUCUCGCUCUCUUCUGGCAGCAAUGUGGAUGGCUUGCUCAUGAUUUUCUUCAUCAUCAAGUGUUUACUAAUCGCUUCUAUAACAAUCUUGCUGGGCUGGGUGUCGGGAACAUCUGGCAGGGUUUCUCUACUUCGUGGUGGAAAAUGAAGCACAAUCACCAUCACGCUUCACCUAAUGUGGUACAUACCCAGGCAGGUGGCGAUCCUGAUAUCCUGACAAUGCCAUUGCUGUUAUGGUCUGAGAAGAUUAUUGAAGGCGACUCCGAAGAGCUGAAGGAUCUCCCCAGAUUCUUGAUCAGACACCAGAAGUUCUUUUAUUUGCCGCUUUUAGCUGCUGCGCGUUUAUCGUGGCUGCUGCAGUCCCUACUGUUCCAGCUUGAACCCGUUCACCAGUUUGUUGGGGGCCUACCGAUGAAGAUCGCAGAGAUAGUCACUAUUGGCAUCCAUUACGUUGCAGUGGUGUAUAUCACGUUGCUAUUAGAAACGGCUGCCUCACGAAUCGUCUUCUUUUUAGUCUGUCAGUCACUCGGGGGCCUGUUCAUCGCUGUUGUGUUUACUGUCGGUCAUAACGCCAUGCACAUCUUCACAACCGAGGAAAUGAGAAACACUGACUUCGUCCGCCUACAGGUUCGCUCCACGCGUGAUAUCACGCCUACGGUAUUCAACAUGUGGUUCAGCGGUGGUCUUGCAUAUCAAGUGGAACAUCAUAUAUGGCCGACCCUGCCACGUCAUAGCUUACCUCUGGCGUCAAAGAUUCUUCAGAGAUUUUGUUCAAAGUACAAUAUUCCCUACACAGUCGAGGGACUGAUCAAAGGAAACUUAGCGGUUUGUAAGCUGUUAUCUGAUGUCGGUAAGGAGUUUUAG